AUGUUUGAUUUUAUUCCUCACUCGACUGAAUUGACAAAGUUGGUUGCUGCUGAAAUCACAUUAGUUUAUCACGGAAUACGUCAUGGACAUAGCUAUUUGAGUCAGGCAUGCACUGCUGAUGUCUCGAAGAAAUUGUUUCAAGAUUCAACUAUUGGAAAAAAUCUCACAUGUGGACGAACUAAAGCUCGUGAAAUUGCUGCUAAUGUUUUAGCUCCAUUUAUGACUUCUCAAAUUACAGAAAUGAUUAAUAAAUCCGGUUUUUAUUCUUUAUCAUUCGAUGCAUCUAACAAAGGUCACAAGAAAAUGUUUCCAUUUGUUGUAAAUUACUUCACAGUUCGUGGUAUCGAACGAUCAGUGAUUGAAGUAAUUGAACUAGUUAAUGAAACAGCUGAUCAUAUUGUUGCUUCACUUCGAGAAGUAUUGCAAAUGAAUAAUAUUGAUAUUCAGAAUAUGACAUCAAUUGGUGCUGAUAAUACAAACUUAUUAUUGAAACACAUCAAUAUUCGUUGGCUUAGUCUAUAUCCGUCUAUUGGACGAUUACUCAAAGUAUUUGAUCCAUUAUCUGCUUAUUUUUUGGAUUUGGGUGACGAAGAUGCUUUUCCAUGUCCACCAAUAAUUUCAAUGUUUUUUACUUCUACUGAAGCCAAAUGCAUACGUGAAAUCGAUCAAAUAAAAUUUCAUCAAAUUGAAGAGUGUGUCGUUUUUCUCAAGUUGGAAGUUGAUCAUGAUAAAUUAUUCAAUGAAUUGAAUAUUUUACAAUCCACAUUCAAAGAAGUCAAUUCAUAUCGUGAACCAUUGAGUGAUCAAAUUCGAAAAUAUAUCGGUGAUGAUGCUCAUAAUUUCAGUGAAGAUAUAAUCAAUGAUCAAAAUAAUGAAUCACAGGAUGAAGAAGAUCUUUUUCAUAAACCAACAAUUGAAAUUCAUGAAAAAGAAAAUCAGAUUCGAUCUGAUCAACUGUGGGCAUAUCUGCUCACAAAAUCAACAACUUUAUGCAGCGAAAUG